UAAGAUAAGAUACAAAUGGUUGCUGAUUCAGCUCCAUUGAUGGAGCUCUUCCACAACACCUUCAUCGCCAUCGCAACGCCACCGAAUAUCCGCCGCAAACUCACUCGCCGUCCUAUCAAGUCCUCUAUUUGUCUCUCUGACUCCGCCAGCGGAGUUAGACUCGCCGAGUCUCUCCAAAACGAGACCUUGGAAACCCUAGAAUGGCCCUCCGUAUGCAAGCAGGUCUCAGCCUUUACUUCCACCGCCAUGGGCCUCGCCGCGGCGCAGAGCGCCCGGCUUCCGCUCGGACGGAGCCCCGAGGAGAGCUGGAGGCUUCUGACUCAGACAGCCGCCGCCAUGGCGCUUCCUCGGCCGUUGGAUUUCUCCGGGAUCGAGGACGUGUCAAGGAUCGUGGAUUCCUCGGUCGCCGGCGAGUUGGCGAGUAUCAGUGAGCUUUGUUCGGUGAAACGGACUCUCAGAUCGGCUAGGGAGUUGUUUGAGCAGCUAGAAGAGCUUGCUUCUCUGGAUGAUGGCUCUUCUGAAAGGUAUCUGCCCCUGCUUGAAAUUCUUCAGAGUUGCAAUUUCCUGAGUGGUUUGGAGCAUAAAAUAGGAUAUUGCAUGGAUUGUAAUUUUUCCAUUAUCCUUGAUAAAGCUAGCAAAGAUUUGAAGAUCAUUAGGUCUGAAAGGAAAAGGAACAUGGAAAAUCUAGAUUCUCUGUUGAAGAAAAUAUCUGCUCAGAUUUUUCAGGAGGGAGGUAUUGACAGACCAUUAGUAACAAAGCGUCGAUCUAGGAUGUGUGUUGGUGUUAGGGCAUCACAUAGAUCUUUGCUUCCAGGUGGUAUAGUUCUGGAUAUCAGCAGCUCUGGAGCAACAUACUUUAUGGAACCCAAGGAAGCAGUGGAGUUGAAUAAUUUGGAAGUGAAACUUUUGAACUCAGAAAAAGAUGAGGAGCAAGCCAUUUUGAGCUUGCUCACAUCUGAGAUUGCUGAAUCAAAAUUGGAGUUUAGGUAUCUGUUGGAUAGAAUUCUCGAAAUUGAUCUUGCUUUUGCAAGAGCUGCCCAUGGUCGUUGGAUGCGUGGUGUCUGUCCAAAUUUAACUUCAGAAGGUUGUGUGUCUUCCACACCUGAUUCUUCCUUGUUAAUUGAUAUUGAAGCUAUACAACAUCCAUUGCUCCUAGAAACAUCUUUGACCAGUUCGUUGGAUCUUACUGCAUCCAAGUACAGUAGUUCAGAGUCCUCAAAUAAGGGAAAUGGUGCAACCAAGUCUCUAGUGCUUUCUGAUUCAUCUGAUUUUCCUGUGCCUAUAGACAUCAAAAUUGGAUGCGCAACCAAGGUGGUUGUGAUCUCAGGGCCUAAUACUGGAGGGAAAACUGCAUCAAUGAAAACAUUAGGCUUGGCUUCUCUAAUGUCAAAGGCUGGCAUGUACUUGCCUGCCAAGAGGCAACCAAAGCUUCCAUGGUUUGAUCUUGUCCUGGCAGACAUUGGAGAUCACCAGUCUUUGGAACAAAAUCUCUCAACGUUUAGUGGGCACAUAACAAAGCUAUGCAAGAUCUUGGAAUUGGCUUCAAAAGAAUCUCUUGUCCUUCUUGAUGAAAUUGGGAGUGGGACUGAUCCUUCAGAGGGCGUGGCUCUUUCAGCAAGCAUCUUGCAUUACUUAAAAGAUAGGGUUAACCUAGCUAUAGUGACUACCCAUUAUGCUGAUUUAACUCAACUAAAAGAAAUGGAUACUCGGUUUGAGAAUGCUGCAAUGGAAUUCUCCCUUGAGACACUACAACCUACCUAUCAGAUUCGAUGGGGAAUCAGAGGUGACUCAAAUGCCUUAAGUAUUGCUAAAUCAAAUGGCUUUGAUGACAAAAUAAUUCAACGUGCACAAGAGUUGGUGGAGAAGUUGAGGCCAGAAAAACAACUGACGAGACAAAGUUUGCUGUAUCAGUCGUUAAUGGAAGAAAAACACAGGCUGGAAACAGAGGCAAAGAGAGUCGCAGCUCUUCAUUCAGAUGUUAUGAAUCUUUACCACGAGAUCCAGGAUGAAGCCAAAGAUCUUGACAGGCGUGAGGCAGCUCUUAUGGCUCAGCAAACCCAAAAGGUCAAACAAGAGCUAAAGGCUGCUAGAUCUCAGAUGGAAGCUGUAGUACUGGAGUUUGAGAAUCAACUCAGAACCGCAAGUGCUGAUCAGCUUAGUUCUCUUAUUAAGAAAUCAGAGUCUGCAAUUGCAUCUAUCGUUGAGUCUCACUCUCCGUGUGAUGAAUACUCCAAUGUAAAAGCUGACGACAGUUCUUAUACCCCACAAACUGGUGAACAAGUCCACGUGAAGGGAUUAGGAAAUAAGCUGGCAACCGUAGUUGAAGCUCCUGGGGACGACAACGCAGUCCUUGUGCAAUAUGGAAAAAUUAGAGUCCGUGUUAAUAAAAGCAAUAUCAGAGCUCUUCAAAACAGCGGCACGAUUCCUGCAAAAGGUCCUGCUGCUGCUCGACACUUGAAAAGGAAGGGGAAGCAGAGCAGAAAUACGAGGAAGCUCCCGGACUUGGGCGGCAAUAGCGAGGAGGAGGCGGUCUCCUACGGACCUGUGGUGCAGACAUCAAAAAACACAGUGGACUUGCGGGGCAUGCGAGUGGAGGAAGCUACUCACCACCUCAACAUGGCCGUCGCUUCAACAGCAUCUAACUCAGUUUUGUUUAUAAUACACGGAAUGGGCACUGGGGUUAUUAAGGAGUGUGCAAUUGAGAUACUGAAAAACCAUCCUCGGGUUAGCAAGUUUGAACAGGAAAGUCCGAUGAAUUAUGGUUGUACAGUUGCCCAUAUCAAUUGAAGGUCACUUAUUUAUGGAUUUUAUUAGCUUUCUUGCUGAAUGAAUGGUCACAGUUUCAUUU